AUGGCGGGUGGGUAUUUCGAUCUUCCCACCUCAUCUCGCCGGUCGAGUGCAUCCAGCACAUCAACUGGAUCAAGCAGAAUCUUUCCAGGGACACGAGAAUUUCCCACAACCUUUCUCAGUGAAAGAUACCCACCGGGAAAGCAGCAGCAGACCAAAAAGGAACGGGGAUCGAACGACGCCUGGAGCGCUCAGGGCAAGCACCGGAAUGCGGGAAUUCUGAGAAGCACGAAUCGCGUCAAAUUCACUGUAGGUGGCGAUGGGUCGCCAGAAGUCAUCGGCGGAUCUACAAUCGAACCCCGUGUGGACAGAAGGGAUGUGGUGCUGCCGCAAAAGCCGUCGCCCACAGCCAGCAUUCCAUAUAACCUGGAUAUGGACGCCCAGCUCGCGCCCUUAGCGGAGAACGGAGCGUCGACAGAUGUCACAGGCUUGAAGAUCUCUUCACAGACCAGCUUAGCAGGGAUCGUCGGAGACGAUGAGAUCAAUAAUCCCGGUAUUAAUGACAAAGGGCGGGCCAUAUACUUGGCCCGAGAAAGACUUCAGCGGCCGGCAUCCCUUCUCAGUUGCCCUCCAAAAUCUCCGAAGCCAAGUCCACGGUCCAGUCUAGCAUCAUUGGCCAACUUUUUCCCGACUGAAGUGGUCUUUCCAGUUGAAGAUGGGGAUGAUAUCCCUAUGAUCAGCUUCUCUGAGAAACAACAGCUCUACGACGAUUUGACAGAUGAUGAAGCCGGCUCUAUAGACGGACGAUCAACACCGCACACCUCCGAGGCUCAUCAAAUUGUGCGACAGAUGACUCGUUCAGACUUUAACUUCCUUGCCCGCGUUCGUGCUCCUUCGCCGGGUUUAUUUUCUGGCCAGGUCACCCCCGUCGAAGAGAGGGAUCCUGAUAUCUAUGUCGAGCGGCCGAAACAUUACCGUGGGGGAAUUCUAUCGUCCCUCCUCAAGCUCUACGACCAGCAGGCUAGCGGCAAUAGUAAGAGCAAGAGCAAAAUGGACCCGUAUUAUCCCCAGGGCCGCUAUGGUCGAUCGAGACAAGGAAGCUCCUCCGAGUUCAGUGGACGGACCCUGUCCCCAGACUCUGUUUGGAAACCACACCGACCCAGGAAGUGGUACGAGAAAUCGCGCAGCCAGUCUAGCACCUCCCUCAGCGGCUCGACAGCCAAGAGCUCCAUCAGCUCCCCGAUCAGCAUGCUCAAGCGGUCCAGGAGCAGCAGUGCCAUUACCAACUUAACCCGCCGCAUGGUGAAAUCCAAGCUCGAAGACGAGAUUCGCAUUACAGUCCACAUCGCAGAGCUUCUCUCACGCCAACGGUAUCUGAUUCGUCUGUGUCGUGCACUAAUGAAGUAUGGGGCGCCAACCCACCGCCUGGAGGAAUACAUGCGCAUGACGGCUCGGGUGCUGGAGAUCGAGGGCCAGUUCUUGUACAUUCCUGGAUGCAUGAUCAUCUCAUUCGACGACGCCUCCACACACACGACGGAGGUUAAAGUUGUCAGGUCCACUCAGGGAAUUGACCUGGGAAAACUCGCCGACGUACACGAGAUAUACAAGGAGGUGAUUCAUGACGUGAUAGGCGUCGAGGAGGCCAUCCAGCGACUGGACGAGGUGACGAAAAAAAGCAGCAAAUUCCACAUCCUCUUUCUCAUCUUUGCGCACGGCUGUGCCAGUGCAUCAGUGGGACCUUUUGCAUUCAACGCGCGGCCCAUUGAUAUGCCAAUCGCCUUUUUGCUGGGAUGUCUCCUGGGCGUGCUGCAACUGGUUCUCUCGCCCAAGUCGAGCCUGUACUCAAAUGUGUUUGAGAUAUCCGCCGCAGUUCUGACCUCAUUCCUGGCGCGUGCUUUUGGCAGCAUCAGAUACAACGGCGAGCCGCUCUUCUGCUUCUCCGCGCUGGCGCAGUCAGCCAUUGCGCUCAUCUUGCCAGGGUAUACCGUGCUGUGCGCGAGCCUGGAACUUCAGUCGCGCAGCAUCGUCGCUGGCUCUGUACGUAUGGUCUAUGCCAUCAUCUACUCCCUCUUCCUAGGGUUCGGAAUCACCAUCGGCACAGCAGUGUACGGACUGCUAGACUCCCAAGCAUCAACAAGCUACAAUUGCGCGCCCAGUCCAAUAAACAACGAGUACCUACAGCGAUUCCCCUUCGUGCUCAUGUUCACCGCAUGUCUGGCAAUUGUCAACCGCGCCAAGUGGAAACAGAUUCCCAUGAUGAUGGUGAUCUCCCUGGCCGGGUACGUGGUCAGCUACUUCAGCUCGAAGCGCUUCUACUCGAACACACAAGUCUCCAACGCGCUAGGAGCCUUUGUAAUUGGCGUGAUUGGCAAUUUCUACAGCCGAUUGAGACAUGGCCUUGCCGCCGCUGCCAUGCUACCUGCGAUCUUUGUCCUAGUGCCUUCCGGUCUUGCGGCAAGUGGAUCAUUGAUUUCAGGCAUCACCUCCGCAGAGGAAAUGACCCGUUCUCCCUAUAGUGUCGUCAACAACGGCACGCAGGGGUUCGUCGACGCGGCUAAGAACUUGUCUGCUGCUGAGGCGCGCAACCAGAGCUACGGCGUCGUCUUCGAUAUUGGAUAUGGCAUGGUCCAGGUCGCUAUUGGGACGACCGUUGGUCUCUUCCUGGCGGCAUUAGUGGUGUAUCCGCUGGGCAAGAAGCGCAGUGGUCUCUUUAGCUUUUAA